GCUGCAUUCCGAGAUGGCGGACGAGUGGAGCGAAGCAGGGUCGACGUCGCGGUCCGUGGACGAGUACGCGCGGCUCGUGAGCAAGAUGGCGGUCGCCAACGUCCUUGGGCGCGGCGCCGGCUUCGAGAUGGUCCAGGCCGACGCGACGAGCGCGCUCGUGGACGUCAUGGCCACGUACAUCCGGCGGAUUGGCAAGCAGGCGCAGGACCUGGCCGAGGUCGCUGGCCGCACCAAGCCGCAGGCGACCGACGUGCUCUUGGCGCUCGAAGACAUGGUGCCAGCGCCUGUCGUCUUCUCGGACCUCGUCCAAACCUUCAAGGACGCGCACCAAAAGUAUGAAGGCCGCCUCGCCUUUCCGCGCGACCUCCCGCGCUUCCCGAGCAAGAAGCUCAAGCGCAAGCACGCCGACGUGGUCGACGAUAUUGGGCGCCGCGAGACCGAGCAGCCAUCGUACGCGCCGGCGUUUGCGCCGCCGCUGCCGCAUCGCCACACGUACUCGCAGGAGCGCUACAUCGUCGUCGAGAAGGAGCACGACCCGAAGCGGAUACGCCUCGACCAGCUCCGGCAAAAGAGCGAAGUCCAAGAGUCGCUGCACAACCUGGUCGACAACGUCGUGCCGCCACCGGUCUCGUCGUUUCCCGCGACGGUCGCCGAGCCCAUCUGGAAGCCGCACCUCGGCCGGCACGACUCGCACUCGACGUCGAACGCCUUCUUGCGCCAGCCGUCGUCGGCCAAGCACGCGACCACCAACACCGACCUGUACGAGACGCCCAAGGUGCCCUUCCGCCCCGUCGUCGCCAAGCCCGUGCGCAAGAACGUCGAGCACGUCGUCGUGAACGAGACCCUCCGCGUCCAAGCGAACAAGGAAGACAUGAUCUUGGCCGGCACGUACCACGACGGCGACUCGGAUUAAGCCCCGCUUACAUAUCGUGUGUCUUUGAAUUACAA